CAUGAUACAAGUGUCUUGAGCGUAUUUUUUGCUAAAUCAUCCCUCGAACACUCCCACGCUCCUUCAAACUCGCAAUGGCGCCCAGAAACGUACCUAGCGCUGAAGAACAGCUCAUUGCAGAGCCACAAGGUGGGGCGCCAAACUCCCCGCCAGAUCUCCGGUUCCUCCACUACAAUGAUGUCUACCACAUCGAAGCUGGAAGCCAAGAGCCAGUCGGUGGCUACCCUCGCUUUCAGACCUUGAUCAACUACUACAAGAAUGAUGCACAGUUUGAAGGGCAACCAAAAGCUUUGACGUUCUUCUCUGGCGACGCGUUCAAUCCAAGUAUUGAGAGCAGUAUCACAAAAGGCAGCCACAUGGUACCUGUGCUGAACACCAUAGGCACCGAUGUAUCCUGCGUGGGAAACCACGACCUCGACUUUGGCGUGAAGCAGUACCGUUACUUGACUUCAAAGUGCAAAUUCCCAUGGCUUCUUGCAAAUGUUCUCGACCCAGCUCUUGGCGAGAACGUGUCUCUCGGUAACGCGAAGAAGACUGUCAUGCUCACAUCCUCCAAUGGCAUCAAAGUUGGCGUCAUUGGGUUAGCAGAGCGAGAGUGGCUCGACACAAUUAAUGCUCUACCUCCAGACAUCAUUUACAAGAGCGCAUCAGCAACUGCGAAGGAGCUGAUACCAGACUUGAAGAAGCAGGGUGCGGAGGUCAUCGUGUGCGUUGCUCAUCAACGAGAGCCAAACGACAACAAGCUCGCCGAAAACUGCGGAAGCGAGUACAUUGAUCUCAUUUUGGGUGGCCAUGACCACUACUACUCAUACAGUCUCAUCAACGGUACCCACGUACUACGGUCAGGUACGGAUUUUAAGCAGCUUUCACACAUCAAUCUAUGGCGCAAGACCGACGGUAAAGGCUGGGAUAUGAAGAUCCUACGACGCGAUGUCGUGAGCAGCAUCAAACAAGAUGCUGAAGCGCUGAAGUUGGUUGAUGAGCAGACACGUGAUAUCAAGAAGCGACUGGACAAGCCUGUUGGCUACACGGCUGCACCACUUGACGCUCGCUUCACAACAGUGCGAACAAAGGAGUCCAAUAUCGGCAACUUUGUUUGUGAUCUAAUGCGCUAUUACUACUCGGCGGAGUGCUGCAUUAUGGCUGCUGGCACGAUUCGAGGCGACCAAGUGUAUCCUCCUGGCGUCCUCAAGCUACGCGACCUGGUCAACUGUUUCCCAUUUGAAGACCCUGUAGUCGUCCUCAAGGUCACUGGAAAGCAGAUUGUUGAAGCCUUGGAGAACGGUGUCAGCAAUUAUCCUGCGUUGGAAGGAAGGUUCCCGCAAGUUUCGAACAUAACGUUCGACGCCGACUAUUCCAAGCCACCGAUGUCGAGAGUGUCAAACGUGACGAUCGCCGAAGACCCGGUAGACAACGAGCGCAUUUAUGUGCUUGCUACACGUGGCUAUAUGGGACGCGGAAAAGACGGCUACACAUCACUCCUCAUCGAAGAGGAGGGAGGUACUGCUGUGGAGAUAGUCAGCGAGGAGAACGGUGUGCUCAUCUCGACAAUUCUGCGACAGUACUUCAUGUCACUGAAGGUGCUCGGCAAGUGGAAGCGCUGGGGCAAGUCGAUGGACAAGAGGUUCCUUAACAUCCAAACGAAUCUCCAGAAGAACCACAAGCACGGGUUUCUCGAGCCGUCGCCGACAUCACCAGUAGACAAGAAGAAGCCACAGUUCUCAAGCCUCGAUCGAGUUGCAAAGCAAGCUCAGGAGGCAGUAUCCGGGAGCGAGUCGGAGGAUCCUGAUGCCGAUGAGGACGAAGACGACGGCGCGGAGUAUGAUGGGAGUAGGCCGAUCACAUUCAAUCAGCAGGAGUUGGUUCUUCUUAGGAAAUCGCUGCGUAAAUGGACGAGGUUGGCGAAGCUGCAAGGUUCGACAAAGCUCUGCGACGAGCUAGGCCAGGAAGAGACCCAGGUCAACUGGACAAAGGCAAUUGCGCCCAGGCUGGAGGGCAGGAUCAACGACAUCACGCCUGCGAAAGCAUAGGUAGAGAGUGUUAGAAGCCGAGAUAUUGCUGGGUCAGGUGACCUCCAGCCAUCUCUUAUAUAUAGUACUUCUACCGGCUCCAUAG